GGAGCACUAUAUUUAGGAUACGCAAUAUAAAUCUUUGUAGAACGGACUGCUACUUUCAGUCAUUGAGUUUCUUCGGCCAAAUCCCUCAGUAACACGCUUGGGUGGGGCGGCUUGGACUCACAGUCUCUGCUGAGAUAAUCCUGCAACCAAGACCAGGAGACAAGUUAAAGGAUCGUUUAUCAAAUAGAAGGACCUCUGGUCGCACCGUGACGUAGAUGAUCAUUCCAUCUUGAUAGAAUUUCUAAAAUGGCGGCUACCAGUGAUGAUGUUUUGGAAGUAAUGGAGGCUAGAAUAAAAUUGCUUGAAGAUCGAGUAUGCGGCACAGAGGCCUACCAAAAUGGAAACUCGAACAAUCCGGAGUUAAUCAAAUCUCUGAGUGGUGUGAAGCAGACUUUGGAUGGGCUUACAUCUGGGAAGGAACGCAUACAAACACUGUGGAAAAGAUUGGAUGAAAUGAACUGUCAUCUUGACCCUGAAGUCACAGAAAAGUUGACACUGACUGAGGAUGCUAAAGCUGACAUCAUUCUAGCAGAGGAGACACAGCUCAAGAAACUGGCUGGAUUGUUGGAGAAACUGCAGGGGAUGAGAGAUGUAUUGGACAGUGAGCACACCAAAGGCGCACCAGCCUUCCGAGAUAAACUCCAACCACUUGUGACAGUACAGCUGGACCAGAAGGAACAUGCAGACAGACAGAGUAAGGAGGUCAGCGAACUUUUGGAGGCUUACAACAACAUUGUCACGUUGAUAUCCCAGCAGUUCGUCCAGUGGGAUGCAGUGAUGACUCGUUAUGAAGUAGCAAAGAAGGUCCGAGAUCCUAGCAAAUAUUAUUAAGAGCAACGGUACCCUUGGUCUCAUGUCUUUGGCUUCUGUUCUGUAGUAAAAACAGUUUAAUUUAUUAAUAUUUGGAGAUUAUUAGUUGUCGGCAUUUUUUCCAGUUGAAAAUUAUUAAAUUGUUUGUGUUGUAAGUGGACCAUGUUAACCUUGCCUUAUUCCCCCUCAGAAAAAACAUUCCUCUCAGCAAAACCCUGUCAUCUUCAGACACAAAAUUGUUCUCUUAAGAUAUUGCCUCCCUUUUUGCUAUGGAGCCCCAAAUGCUGAUCAUAGUCGUUAUUAUUGUCAUUAAAUUUGCUUGAUGUUAAUUUUCCCUGAAUGAGGAACAGUUGUUGGUAAUGAAAUGCCAUGAGGUUCUGUAACAAGUUACAAUUAUCUCUUGUUCCUUUUAACGGUUUAAAUGGUGUUUUUGUGAAGUGCAAUAAAGCAGUGUGAGAGUUAGAGUUACUCUUCCAACCUCCAGACAUUCAGCCGUGGAACUAACUUUGGAUAGCCGUUUACAUAUUCACUUUUGCAAAGGCAUUCUUAAAAUAGAGGAAAGCUUAAAAGUCUUAUUUUGUAGACAGAUAUUCUGUAACUCUCUUUUUCUUUGGCUCAAGUGUUCUCUGUCAUGGAGGGUUAAUAAUAUCUUUUAGAAACUCAAGGCUUCCUGAAGUGAAACAGACAAUAUUAAAAGGAAAACAAUGAACGGUGA